UACAUAACAUUGCAAUUACACAAAAAACAUCUCAUCCUCCUACGUAAUAUUAUGCAAAGACAUGAUUCGAAAUCCCAAUACAUGUGAGUAGAGUUUUUUAUGGGCAGGAGAUUCCGAGUCAUGCCAAACACCGCCUAAAUGGUCUUCCGUCCCACAUUACACAUUAGAGCUCGAAAAGCUCAUCAACUCGUAAAAAAUUAGAUAUUUUUCGGUUUCUCUUCAUUGGUUUCUACUGGAAUUGAAAAUCUGAACUCAUUUGAUCAAACCCUCUCCUUCGAAUAGGAAGAAAGUUCGAUCAUUUACUCCAAAGACUCCCGAGAGAGAAAUAGAAUGGAUUUCGAGUUAAGAGGCGCAAGAGAGAAGCUUGAGAGAGAACAGAAGGAGGGGAAAGAGAGGGCGAGGCUAAGACUCCAAAAAGAGAGGAAAGCCAAGCAAGAAGCCAUUCGCCAACGAGAAGCCAUCGAAGCCGCUCAAAGAAUUCGUAGGCUUGAUGCUGCAGAAGCACAACUCAAGGCUAAUCAACAAAUGGAAGAAAGUAUGCUUGCUGGAAAAGGAGUCAUACUUUUUCGUAUUUUAGAAGCUGUGCCUUAUCAGGGUUAUGGAGAUAAAAUUAAAUUGCCACCUUCCUGCUUCACUGAAUUGUCUGAUCAAGGCGCCCUUGAUAAAGGACCCAUGUACUUUCAACUUUCAAAAGUUCAACAAGAUGGUUCUCCAACUACAGAAUCCACUGAACAGCAAAAUCAUGGUACUACCCACUCAGGUGUUCUGGAAUUCACUACAAAUGAAGGAUUUGUUGAACUUCCUCCUCAUGUAUGGAACAAUUUAUUUUCCUCUGAGCCUCCAAGCACUCCCUUGAUUGAGGUUCGUUAUGUUAGGCUACCAAAAGGAACCUAUGCCAAACUACAACCAGAUGGCAUGGGAUUCUUGGACAUGCCUAACCACAAGGCAGUCCUUGAAACAAGCCUUCGGCAGCAUGCUACUCUCUCGCAAGGUGAUGUGGUCACAGUCAACCAUGGUGAGCUAAGCUAUAAAUUGCGAGUUCUAGAGCUAAAACCAUCUUCUAGUGUAUCUGUACUUGAAACAGAUAUUGAGGUUGACAUAGUGGGACCUGAUUUGGCUUCAGGGAGGGCAGAUCAGCAUGUCUUGGUCCCACUCACACUAGGAAAGGCUGAAUCUGGAAUUGUCAAGGAAGGGAAAUAUAACUAUUACAAGUUCACGGUAGAUACUGACGUUAGUGAAAAAAUAGCCUCUGGCUUUGCCAAUAUUGAGGUUAGGAUAGAAGCAGAAACAAGUAGUGGGGACACUGAUCUCUAUGUCUCUAAGCAUCCUGUCAUAUUCCCAAACCAACACCAGCAUGAAUGGUCUUCCCAUGAUGUGGGUUCAAAGGUUUUGUUCCUUGGUUCCAAGGAUGAGAACCUUGGUGCAGGUACCUAUAGUAUUGGUGUCUUUGGCUUCAAGGGAACAACAAAAUAUCAAAUUGUUGUAGGUAUUGAAGAUAAUAAUAGUCUUAAGGUAGGCGAACAGGCUGCAGCUUCCUCGUCAAAACUGGAUUCAGACUCCUUGGCAUGUCGGAAUUGUAAACAUUACAUCCCUAGUAGGAGCAUUGCACUGCAUGAAGCAUAUUGCUUUAGGCACAAUGUCAUCUGUCAGCAUGCUGGAUGUGGGAUUGUACUCAGAAAGGAGGAAGCUGAAAACCAUAUGCAUUGUGAGAGAUGUGGGCGAACCUUCCAGAAAGCAGAGAUGGAGAAGCACAUGAAAGUGUUCCAUGAGCCACUUCAUUGCCCUUGCGGGGUAAUCCUUGAGAAGGAAGAAAUGGUUCAUCACCAGUCCACUGUCUGUCCUCUACGCUUAAUUACAUGCCAGUUCUGCGGGGACAUGGUUCAAGCCGGGACCUCUGCAACAGAUAUCCGAGAUAGAUUGAGAGGACUUUCCGAGCAUGAGAGUGUCUGUGGAUCUAGAACAGCACUAUGUGACUCAUGUGGGCGCUCUGUCAUGUUGAAGGAGAUGGAUAUCCAUAGAAUCGCUGUGCAUCAAAAGAACUGAUAGUGAAUUCUUGGUUUCCACUUUCAACUUUAUUUGUCACUGAUUGAAAAGGCCGAUUGUUAUCAUACAAUCCAUGUUCUCACUGGACAUCUAUAUUUAUUCAACUUUGUCGUCAGUUGUAAUAGUAAUGCAAGUGCUGGUUACUAUUGUA